CCCUUGACAUUCUUUUACUCGGCUCUUUUAGGUUAUAUAUAGUUGUCAGCUCACAAUAAUAGUAAACAAUAAAUAUUAUGUUGUAUUUUAUCUAAAACUAGCUGAGAAGAUAUUAACAUGUUAGGUGUAUCCUAUCAUUCAUUUUUACCUGACUAUCAUAUAUAAGAACUUGUUUCAUGAUAUAAUUCAUUUAUUAAUCUAGUACACUGUUGAAUCUGUCAAAAUGUCUUACAGUGUGAAUAUAUCGGUAGAAGCGCCUAUUGAAAACCAAAUUCAAGAAAUCACUUUUGACGGAACUGAGGUUUAUCAACCUCCUUUGACACUCUCCGAGAGCCUCGCAAAAUAUGCCCAAAAAAUAGACUUCAGUAAGCUAUCUGAUCUAGAAAUAAGAAAAGAAGAAUCCAAUGAAGAUUCUAAAUCUGACACAGACAGUAAAGAUGCUUUUCAGUCUUCACUGUGGCCGUGGGACUCAGUACGAACCAAGAUGAGGAGUGCACUACAGGAAAUAUGUGUGUUGGCUGACGUUUUAGCUAUUGCUAAAGAGAAACGUUAUCUUGUUCUGGAUCCUGUGCAGCAGGAGCCUCUAGAGACAAAGCCUAUGGUUCAGAUUUAUGCCAGAAAGAAGGCACUUGCAGGAGCGGCUAGCGUACUUCUUGCCGGGGCAGAAAAAAUGAAGACUUCCCAAACAGAAGCUGCCAGAAAUCGAACAACUCUAGACUUCCACAUAGAACUCUUGAGGCUGAGGCAGAAUUGGCGAUUGAAGAAGGUAUCCAACACGAUCAUUGGAGAUCUCAGCUAUAGAACGACGGGUUCCAAGUAUCUGCAAACUGGUACGUUUGAAGUAACAAAAGCUGAAGACGAAGAAAAGGUCAAUAGUCCACCAAGUAGUCCUUUACCAGGUGGACCUGCCCCACCCAAGGCUAACAGCGCUCUUAGAGUUUCAAUACCGACCGAAUUGCAAGGUGUUGCAUACAUUGAGGUGCUUUGCCAAAAAGACCAAGAAGACCUCUGCAGCGUCAACCUGAACCUCCUCGGGACCGGCCCGCCUCCCUCUAACCCAGACAUGCACUGGCAACAGAAACUAGAAGCCGCCCAAAACGUUCUCUUCUGCAAGGAACUGUUCAACCAGCUGGCCAAAGAGGCGGUCCAACUACAGGCCCCCAUCCCGCACAUGGUAGUCGGUAACCAGAUAAUGGCGACUGUCCUGCCUGGGAUCCAGUUGAUAAUAGCGUUGAGGCAUUCCACGACAGGCGACAAGAAGCAGCAGAACCCCGCCCUGUCCAAGAGCGAUCACGAUCAUGUUCUGGAGCAUUCUCUGCAUCAGUUGUUGAGGGAGGUUCAUCAUAAAAAUACUCAUCAUCCGUUUCCUCAUCCCGCUACAGGGCCUUUGGGUCCUUCCAAGAAAAGGAUGAUUGCAG